UAAAUGCGGAAAAAUAAGCUUAUGCAUUAUUCGUAUUAAUAACAUGUCUCGCUCACCUCGAGAACAAGAUCAGCCUCAUUCUGGUUAUCCGCAACAACGUCCACCUCCUGUAAGCCCGCAUCAAUUACCCCAAUUACAUAUGGGUCCGCCUUUUCGUCCACUUCUUCCUUCAGGCUGGACUGAGCACCGUGCCCCGAAUGGAAUGUUUUACUAUUAUAACGCUGCGACAGGUCAAAGUACUUGGGAGAGACCUAUACUGGUUCCUCCUCCUCCUCCGAUUGGUCCUCCUGGUCCUCCUCCCGGAAUUAUGCAGUUACCUUCGUUUCAACCGAUUUCAGGAGUCAUGCCACAGCAAAUACAACAAAACGUACCAUUUACACAACAAAAGGAUAAGAAUAAAGAUAAAAAGAAGAAAGAAAAGGCUAAAGGAAAGAGGCAAAUUCCUGAUACAAAAUGGUAUAUCGUUAAUACAACUGAAGGAAAUGAAUUUUAUUAUAAUUCCGAGACGAAACAAUCUGUUUGGGAAGUACCUGAAGAAAUUGCAGAAGCUGUCAAAGUUUUCAAAGAACAAGAAGAAAAAGAUGCUCAAAAUCAAAGAUCAAAUGAUAGUGCAGGAUUAAAACGAAAGGCAAACGAUGAGGAAGUAUCUGGUAGCGAGGAUUUCAAAAGAGCUAAAGGAAGUGUGGAUGAUGGCGAAGUUGAAGGAACUGAAUUAACAGAAGAUGAUAUAGCCUUCCAACUUCAGUUUAUGGAGGAACAAGAAAACCAAGAAUUAAUGGAUGGUGAUUCCGAAGAUUAUAACGAUAAAAUUGAUGAUCACGAGAACGCAGGCGAAGAAGAAAACUCUAUUUUAAAAAAGCAAGACAAAGGAAAAGAUGUAGAGUUAUCGUCCGAGGAACGUGUACUUAUGUUUAAGAGCUUGCUUAAAGAUAUGGAAGUUUCACCAUUUGCCAUUUGGGAGAAAGAACUUCCGAGAAUAAUUCAUGACGAAAGAUAUACAUUAAUACCGACUUUGAAACAAAGAAAAGAGAUAUUUGAUGAAUACUGCAAAGAACGAGUAGCGGAAUUAAGGGCUGAAAAGAAAAAUAAAGCGAAGAAUUUGUCGGAAAAAGAUGAAUAUCUGAAAUUACUUGAAGAAGAAACUACUCACCGUUCUCACUGGGAUGAUUUUAGGAGAAAAUUUAAGCGUGAUCCAAGGUUUAAAAAUUUUUCUGACGACAAAGAAAAAGAAAAAACAUUCAGGAAUUACGUGAAAGGAUUGAAAGAAAAAGAAUCCGAGCGCAAAAGAGUUCAACAAAAGAAAGCCGAAGAAGAUUUUGUAAGGUUAUUGAGAGAAACGAGGGAAAUAAAAUAUAAUUCUAGUUGGCGAAAGGUCAAGAGAAUAAUUGAUCAUGAUCCAAGGUAUGAUGCUGUAGAAUCUUCCGAUAUGAGAGAAGAUAUAUUUAGAGAUUAUUGUAGAAAAUUAGAAGCCGAAGAUGAAGAAGAAAUGGCUAAGAAAGAGGAUGAACGUAGACAAAGAGAUCGUAAAGCAAGAGAGGAGGCAAGCUUAAGAAAUCGGGAGGCUCAAGUUAGGUGGGAGAAGAAAGUCCAAACACGUGAAAAAGACAAUGCUAAAAAUAAAAUUAUGCGAGAUGAAUCCAUACGCGAAUUCCAAACACUUUUAGUAGAUUUAGUGCGAACUCAUGAGACCACUUGGGAAUUAAAGAAGCCUGAUUUACAUAAAGAUUCGCGUUUUCAUGGUCAUGGUCUUGAAGAUAAAGAUAGAGAAAGACUAUUUCAAGAACAUAUAGAUGAUAUCUAUCAGAAGCGUUUGAAAUCAUAUCAUAACCUACUUGACCAACAUGUUCAGCUUGAUACUACUUGGUUAGAGAUUCAGUCAGUUAUCAAAGAAGAUAUACGCUCUGUCCGACUUUCAAAGAAUGAAAAAUUACUAGAAGAACUAUUUGACAAAUAUCUAAUUCAAAGAAUUGAAGUGGCUAAAAAAGAAUUUAAAGAACUUUUACGAGAAAAUCAAUUUGUUGAAUACAGGACACGAAUGAUCAAAUUAUCAGAAGAUGGCGCAACUGACGAGACUGGAACCAGUAAAGAGAAAGCACGCGCAUUAUCGCUAGAAGAAAUUCAUGAUGUACUUAAAGAAGAUAAACGUUAUUUGGUGUUAAAUACUAUGCCGGACGUCCGUAAUGAACUGAUUACUGGUUAUUUAACUAAUUUGGAAACACCUAAAAUGACUGUGCAUCAAGGUCGAGAGUGAGAUAAUAUUAUAGAAAAUAAUAAUAUUAACUAAUAAGAAAAUUUUUAUUUAAAAAGAUUAAAAAGAAAAUAUUAAAAGUAUUAGAUUUAUUAAAUAAUAAUA